UCCCAUAAUCUGGUAAUGAAUUGUGUCACUAUACUACUUUCUCAAUUCUUGUGAAUGGAGCUCAUUAUGGAAAUUUCAAAAGUGGAAGAGGGUUGCGUCAAGGUUGUCCAUUAUCUCCAGCAUUAUUCAUUAUUUGUUCUCAAGGGUUGUCUUUCCUUAUGGCUAAGUUUGAAGAUUUGAAUCUAUAUAGUGGAUAUCGGUUUAAUAACAGAGGACCUUCAAUUAGUCAUCUCAUGUUUGCUGACGACUUAUUUUUCUUUGGGAAAAACUCAGAGAUGAAUAUCAAUCAACUGAAGAAAAUCCUAGAUAUCUAUUCCUCUUUCUCAGUUCAGAUUUUUAAUUUACUCUAAAUCUUCAAUUCAUUUUAAUACUGGUUGUUCUUCUUUUCACAAGUGGAGAACUGUUCAGAAAUUUGGAGUUAGAGAAAUGGAUGUGAGUGAAAAGUAUCUAGGUUCAUACCCGUUGAAGUUGGAUUACAACAAUGAAACUCAUGAACCUUUGAUUUCAAAGUUUGAUAACAAACUGGCAGGCUACAGAUCGUUCUUUGUCAACUCUACUGAGAGAACAGUUUUGUCCAAAAACGUUCUUUCUGCUAUUCUUAUCUACUCAAUGGGAACUAGUAAGCUGCCGAAUGGUGUUAUUAAUCAUAUAUCUCAUAUAUAACGAGCAUUCUGGUGGGGUCAUGACAUAUACACAAGAAAAUGUCACUUCAUCAAUUGGGAUAAAAUGGCAAGAGCAAAGGAAGAUGGAGGUUUAGGUCUCAUAAACAUGGAACAAAUUAAUAUUUCGUUAGUUUCCAAACUGGUUUGGAGAUUCUUAACAACUGAUGAUGCUGCUUGGGUGAAAUUAUCUAAAGCCAAAUAUCUUCAUUCUGUGUCUUUCUGGGAUUGUGAACCAAAACCUGGAGAUUCAAACACUUGGAAGGAUAUGCUUUCAAUAAAAGAGAUUUUUACAAAUAAUUGUUGCUGGUUUAUUGGCUCUGGUAACUCGAUACAUAUAUGGAACGAUCCAUGGAUUCCAAAUAUACCGGGAUUUAGACCAACAAGAUUGGAUCAGUCAACGGUUCAAGUAGAAGUUGUUUCAUAUUUGUUUAUCCAAGGCCAAAGAAUGUGGAAUAUUGAGUUGUUGUCGUGGAUAUUUUAGCCAGAGCAUGUAGAAGCAGUACCAAACAUUUAUAUCCCUUAACACAAAUCAAUUGAAGAUAAACUCGUUUUGUUAAAAACCAAGUCAGGUAUCUUCACUGCAAAAUCUUACUAUAAAGUCCUUAUAGAUAAUGUGGCAACAACUUCAUUGAUUUCUUUUUUUCAUUGGAAACAAUUUUGGAAGAAGAUGGAAACUGAACAAAAAAUUCAUACUUUUAUAUGGAAGGUUCUUCAUAAUGGGCUGGCAGUUUACGGUAACUUAACAAAGUUCAACACUCAUAUUUCAAAUAUUUGUUCUCUUUGUAACUCUGAAGAGGAAACUGUUCAACAUUUGUUGUUCUCCUGUCAGUUCUCUAAGGCAGUUUUUCAAGCUAGCCCUUUGCAUAUCGAUAUUCCAAUGGAUACUUCAUCGAUGGACAUUAUUCAAUUUUGGUUAAGCCAAACUGAUCAGAAUGCAAAUAAAUGGCAAGCUCCUCCACCAUACCAUAUCAAGAUUAAUGUAGAUGCAGCUUACUUAGAUGGAAAAGGUGCUGCAACGGCUGUAGCAAUAGACUCGUCCGGUAGGCAUUUGGGCAGCGAAGCUUUUUGCUUUGACUCUUUCUCAUCGAUGGUUGCAUAG